AAAUUUAUGAAUAGUACCUAUAUUAUGCAAUCUGUUUUGAAAACGAAUGUUUAGUGUAUUGGAAAUUUCAUAGGGAAACGCUGUUGCCUCAUAUUGUUAUUAAGCUGCUGUAUGUGACAGUAACACUUGCAAGUUUUAUCAAUAGACAGCACAGAUUUGUUUGUUUUGAGGGCACGAUCCGCUGCAACUCUAAUAAAUAUUUGAAAUUCCUCUGUGUACUUAAAUGAGUGAAUCAUGGAUUCGAAGGUGGUAUUGAAAGAAAAGAAUCCCCAUGACAAAGCGAACAUCAUUUCGAAAAUAUUUCUCACAUGGAGCUUUAGUUUAUUUCGUCGUGGAUUUAAACAUGGCCUCACUGUGGAAGACCUGUGGCAAGCCCGAGACGGCGACCACUCCGGUCGACUGGGAGACCGUCUCGAACAAGCGUGGCAGGAAGAACUCGAAAAUGCUAAGAGAAAAGGCAUCAAGCCUUCCUUCUCAAAGGCGAUCGUACGAUCGUUUUGGCUUGAAUAUUUAAUGUGCGGCCUAGUUGUAGGAUUACUCUUCAUCUUUUUAUGGCCACUAAUUCCAUUCACUUUAGCGUUAUUUAUAAAUUAUUUUUCUGAAGAUAAGAAUCCAGAGAGUUAUAGAAAUGCACACAUUUACAACUUUCUUAUGAAUUUUCUGAGUAUACUGACGGCAUUAAUGCUCAAUCAUUUACAAUUAAGUCAAGGACGAGUGGGAAUGAGAGUUAGAAUAGCUAGCUGUUCAUUAUUGUACAGAAAAAUACUUAAACUCGAUAGAACUGGUUUGAAUAAAACAGAGCCAGGUCAGGUGAUCAACCUGAUGUCUAACGAUGUGAACCGUUUUGAUUUAGUGGCUCUGUUCUUAAACUACUUGUGGGUGAUGCCGAUCGUGGUGCCGGUAGUCUCCUACCUGGUGUGGCAGCACGUUGGAUGGGCCACCCUCGCUGCGCUCGUCGUCAUAUUCAUACAAACUGUACUCGUACAAGCCUACUUGAGUAACCGCCAAGGAGUAUUGCGAGGAAAAAUUGCUAAACGCACAGAUGAAAGAGUAAAAGUUAUGAGUGAAUUGGUAAACGGUGUACAAGUCAUUAAAAUGUAUGCAUGGGAGAAACCUUUUGAGAAGCUGGUAGACAAAUUGCGAAAGAUGGAAGUGGGCUUCAUAAUGCGUACAUCUAUGAUCAAAGGAUUUUCGACGGCGCUCAGUGUGUUCACCGAACGUUUUAUCUUGUUCUCUGCUGUCGUUGCGUUUGUGGUCAUGGGCGGAGAUAUUAGAGCUGAGAUCACAUUCUCGCUUGUCCAGUAUUUCAACCUACUGCAACUCGCCUGCAACAUAUUCUUCCCACUGGCCCUCGCGUUUCUGGCAGAAACCAAAGUCUCAGUAAGACGCCUUGAGGAGUUCUUGUUGUUGGACGAACUGACACCCGAGAAGUUACCGCUAUCAAUCGAUUCGAAGGAAAUAAUUAGCAAUGGUACUGAGAAAGAAAAGCCAAAGCAUACGGGCUUGAUAUUGAAUGGGUUGAGCGCGAGCUGGCAACCAGAAGCUAUUGUAAACACGUUGAGGAAUAUCACGCUGACUGCGGAGCCUGGAGAGUUUGUGGGCAUUGCUGGCCUUGUGGGAUCUGGAAAGUCAACUCUUCUGCAAGUGAUCCUGGGCGAGUUGACUCCGACUCAGGGUACAAUAUCGUUGGGAGGUGCGCGAGUAUCUUACGCCAGCCAGGAACCCUGGCUGUUCGUGGCAACUGUUCGACAGAAUAUACUUUUCGGACUACCUUACGAUCGCAUACGAUACAAAAAGGUGGUAAGUGCAUGUGCACUGUUGCGGGACUUCGAGCAGUUGCCUGCAGGAGAUUCGACACUGGUUGGGGAACGAGGCAUCAGUCUUAGUGGAGGGCAGCGCGCUCGCAUCGGUCUCGCCAGAGCGUGUUAUAGACAGGCUGACAUAUAUCUGCUGGACGAUCCUCUAUCAGCAGUGGACACACACGUAGGUAAACACCUCGUAUCAGAAUGUGUGAUGGGCCUGCUGAGGCAUUCUACGAGGAUCCUGGUUACACAUCAGCUACACCACCUGAAGUCUGCUGACAAAGUCGUCAUCUUACAUAACGGCGAAAUAGAGACUUCUGGAUCAUUUGAUGAUGUGUCGCGGUCACCACUAUUUGCGGAGUUGCUCCAGGAAGAGGAACAGCCAGAAGAACCGAAAGUUCAGUACCUUCGACAAAGAACUCUUUCUAUACAGUCCCACACAAGUACUAACACCUUACAAGAUGGAGCUGUGGUUGAUGAGGUUGAGCAGGAGGAGUCUGCUGAGUUAAUGGGAACAGGUCGUGUGCCAGGCGCGGUGUAUCGUCAAUAUUUCCGCGCCGGCGCCGGCUGGGGCCUCAUUCUAUGGACAACGUUCAGUAUUAUCCUGGCACAAGUUGUUACCUCCAUCAGCGACCUUUGGCUGACACGAUGGAUGAAUGACGUGGAAAGAAGACAUGGACUGCUGAACAACAAUACAACCACAUCUCUUUUCCAUAAUAUCACAGAUGGUAACAAUUCUGUUGGCAGCAAUGACACCAGUAGCAAUUUCACUACAGAACUGCCGACCACGAUACCCUCGUCCACAGAACUACCCAACAUGACUGUUAUUGAUACGUUAGUCAAAACUGUCCUAACUAUGCAGAACAUUACGUCUGUAUACGAACCGAUUAACCACGAUUUCUAUAUUUAUAUUUGGGCGAUUGCUAUUUUGGGCUGCAUCAUACUCACUACUGGAAGAUCAAUUUUGUUCCUGUGGGUGUGCAUGCGAAGUUCCAUAAAGUUGCACAACCAGAUGUUCAGCAAUAUUCUGGCGGCUACCAUGCGCUUCUUUGACACCAACCCUUCGGGUCGUAUACUUAACAGGUUCUCCAAAGACAUGGGUGUAGUUGAUGAGAUCCUACCCAGGAUGUAUUUGGACAGUAUUCAAAUAUUCAUGGUGAUGAUGGGUAUUCUAGUGAUGGUAGCGAUAGUUAACCCCUACAUGUUGCUGACAACAGGAGUUUGUGGUAUCCUCAUGUAUAUUUGGACUGUGAUCUUCCUCAGUACAGCACAGGCUAUUAAAAGGGUGGAAGGUACGACCCGCAGUCCAGUAUUCUCGCAUGUUUCGGCAACAAUGGCAGGGUUGACUACAGUACGUGCUUGUCAAGCGCAGGAUAUGUUGCGAGAUCAAUUUGACGACAAACAAGACGUGCACACAGCUGCCUGGUACUUAACGAUCGUCACGAAUACUGCAUUCUCUAUUUGGUUAAGUCUUAUUUGUGCGACUUAUGUAGUGGUCGUAGCCUACACAUUCUUGUUCCUCGAUGACGGGACUACGAAGUCAGGAAACGUCGGUUUGGCGAUUAGUCAGGGUUUGAUCUUGGUGAAUAUGGUGCAGUACGGUGUGAAACAAGCGACGGAAGUGAUCUCACAGAUGACGAGUGUGGAGCGUGUAGUGCAGUUCACAUCGCUGCCACGCGAAGUGACGGAUGGCCCCGCGCCGCCCGCCGGCUGGCCUCAACGCGCAAGGCUGGUCUUCAAGGACCUCUCGUUACGAUACGACAAAGAUGCUGACCCAGUGCUCAAAAAACUAAAUAUUGUUAUUGAAAGCGGAUGGAAAGUGGGAGUAGUCGGACGUACGGGAGCUGGCAAGUCUUCACUGAUAUCCGCUCUGUUCCGCUUGGCGCCUAUUGAAGGAAAUGUUUUCAUUGAUGACGUUGAUACUGGCGACAUCGCUUUGAAGGAGCUGAGAUCAAAGAUAUCAAUAAUUCCACAAGAACCAGUGCUAUUCUCCGCUAGUUUGCGUUACAAUAUGGAUCCAUUUGACAAAUAUACUGACGCUGAUAUUUGGACAGCAUUAGAACAGGUUGAAUUAAAGCGCAGUGUAACGUCCUUGUCAUCAGCCGUUCAGUCAGGCGGUUCCAACUUCAGCGCUGGUCAGAGACAAUUGCUCUGCUUAGCGCGUGCAGCUCUAGGUCGCAACAAGCUUCUUGUGCUCGAUGAAGCUACAGCGAAUGUUGAUCCGAAUACGGAUGCACUUAUUCAAAAAUCGAUUCGGACACAUUUUGCGGAUUGCACCGUAAUCACGGUGGCACAUCGACUGCACACGGUCGCUGAUUCUGAUAGAGUUGUUGUAAUGGAAGCCGGUGAGAUAGUGGAAUGUGGUCAUCCACACGAACUGCUACAAAAGCCCGAGGGUCACUUCACCCGUAUGGUGCAGCAGUUGGGUCCUGCCGCGGAGCAGAGUCUCCGCGACCUGGCAGCGGCCGCGCACGCGUUGCACAUCAAAUACGUCGACGCAGACGAUAACAACAUAAACAACCAAUAACAGUACUUAAUGGACCAGUAUAUACUCUGUGCUUAAUGGUGUUAUUUAAUUAUUUCCCCACUGUGACUUCCCAAAGAGAAAGUUGUUUUAGUCUUUAAGUUCCGUAUGUAGGUAUCAAAUAACUGCUGUCUCAAAGUGGGUCACAAAAAUUGAUCUUAUGCUCGUGUUGGAGCUUUGUGUAUCUACCGAUGAUUUGAGAAUGGGAUUGUUGUUUGCUUAAAUGCGGCCUAUUUAUUCAGUAAACAAAAAUAUGUUGAUAUUUACAAUAACAUUAGAUAAGCUAUGAUCAUUUACUAAGGGCUUGGCCCACCUCUGUAAUUAUUACAUUUACAAAACGUUCAUUCAUUAGUGCCUUUGAUUUUUACAUAGAUAAACCAGAAAAAAUUCUAUAUAGGUAAUAUAAUGUUGAUUGUUGUUAUAUUAAAAUUUCGUAUUUGUAAUGUUAUCUCUAAGAGAGUUAUGAACAUUUUAUACAAUUAAUAUUUUCUUUUCAUUUAAUACUAUCACAAGUAGGUAGUUGUACUUAUUAUUAAGUUACUAUAAAUUAAUUUAAAACUGUUAUAACCUCAGUGAUAAAGCUGUGACUGCCAAUGACAAAGAUUUUUUAAACAAUUUUGACAAGGUAGGUACUUAGUUUUAAUGUGUAAAGCACUACUACUACAUCCUUACAGGUAAAAUUGAGCUUUUGUCACAAAACAUCUACAAACUUUUAUAGUCAAUAAUUUAGUAGAUUAUAGACCCAUGAUAACUCCAUAUUAUAAUACAAAUGAUGACAUUCCAGCCAUAAAAGUACUUACUUAAAAUGAUAAUAUGCAUUAUGCAGUGUACUUAUACCAACCACUAUUCAUAGCUUCAAGUUAUAGAAUAAUUAUGAUAUUUAUAAGUACUGCUUUAAUUAAGCAGUAGGUAAUUGUAAUUUAUAUUGUCAAACUGAGUGACCUCAUUAGAGUGAUUGUUGAAUUUGCCUUACUCAACGAAGAAAGCGCCUUAAAAAUUGAGAUUAAUGUUUAUACAGAUUAUUAUAAUUAUUGUACAAAUAUAGGAAGACAGCUGAAAUCAAAGCUGAUUAUAAAUUUAAUGUAUUAUCUAUAAAGGAUACUCAGAGGUCCUUACUUCCGACUAUUAUAUUUUUUCAAAUAAAUUAUUUAUCUACAUCUACUUGUGUACUUACUGUUUGCCUUGUGUGUGUAUUUGAUUGAAAAUAAAGAUCUAAUGAUUAAGUUUUUUAGUGUGUGUUAAUUUAUUAUUACUUACCAAAUACUUGCUUUUUUUUCUACUCCAGGCCAGGGCUGAACAUCAGCCCUUGUUGGUUCAAUCUGUGAUAGUAACCAAAUCUUGUGUUUGUCAAUAAAGUGGUACAUUUUCAUCAAUCUGUUGAGGAGUGGAAUUUUCUGCUAGAGUUAUGUGUU